CACGUACACGCACAACGCCGGCCUCGCGGUUAAUCUUGAUCGGCCAGCUAGCGAGCGAGCGUGCCAGAAUCCAGUCCAUGGAUAGCAUCGACGAGGAGCGGCGGCAGCGAGGAGGAGGAGGAGAAGAAGAAGAAAUGGUCGUGGAGGUGCCGGAGAUGGACGGCGAGCUGCUCGUCGAGCUCCUCGACGCGUCCCUCGCCGCGGCGGGCGAGGAGGAAGAGGCUGGCGGCGAUGAUGAGGCUACAGCGCGGAGGAGGCAGCUCGGCUUCUUCACGGCCGACGUCGGCGACGGCUGGGACGGCCUGGAGAUGAUGAACUCCAUCCACCCGCACCAGGAAGAAGAAGGCUGCGAGGACUGCGGCCUCGACGACAUCCUCUCCGACUUCGGCGGCAGCGGGUACCCGGCGCCGGCGCCACCGUACGCCGUCGACGACCCCGUCGAGUUCUGGAUGGAGGAGAUCGAUCACGCCGCGUUCGCCGGCGACUGCCCGGGUGAGGAGUGGUACAUGGACGGCAUGGCCAUGGAGUGGGAGGAUGGGAGGAGCUACUACUCGUUCCACUACCCCUCCUAUGGCGGCGACGCCGCCUGCACGGAUCAACUGUACAGUAGCCCGUUGUGGGAGUGAACUCUGCCUUAGCUAGUAGUAGCCUACGUGACGCGUUAGCAAUUAGCUAGUGCAUGCCCUUCGCUUGCUCUGCAUAAUUUGCCUCCGUUUUGCAAAUUUAGCGGGAUCUGAAUUUGCUGGAGAGAGCACGAGUCCGCGAGUCUUUGUUAUUACAUUUUUUUUCUCGGGCAAUUCAUGCCUUGUUUUCGAGUCGUUCAAGAGUUGGUGUACAUAUCUAGCUAGAGCUUUGAAUAACUGAUGUUUGGCAGUUUGGUUGUUCCUGUGGCUGCGCUGAAGCCUCCUCUUUAUGUCAAUAAUAUUGAGGUAAUCUGUCUGGUGAUUGUAA